AUGACUUUCCGAAGCCAGAUAGUAAAUGAUGUGCGCACCAGCUCCUCAGUGAGACUGAUCACACUGAUGCCAGUGAAGCAAGACAUGGAGGAAAGUUCAGACUCUGGAAUAAAGGAGCUUGAUAAAUUGCAUGUCUCUGAUAAGAUUCAUCCACUCCGGCUACCAGCAGCAGUGGUGAAAGCUGAAGAGGAUGGAAGGCAGAGCAGCCAGACUUCGGGAAGUGAUUUCAUCCUCCUGGAUCUGUUUCACGGCACCCCAGCUCCCUGGGUCUUCUUGACACUCACUGUGGUGGAUUUUCUGGUCGCCCUGCUUGGAAACUCCACAAUCAACUUCCUCAUUUGGGCUGACCCUCUUCUCCACAACCCCAUGUUCUUCCUGCUCAGCCAGCUCUCCCUCAUGGAUAUUCUGUAUAUCUCCACAUCUGUUCCCAAAGUGGUCCUGGUCUCUGGGAAACGCUGCAUCUCUUUCAUUGGGUGCAACUAUCAGAUAUUCCUUUUUACGAUCCUGUUUGGUUCAGAGCUUCUCUUGUUGCCCGUGAUGGCAUAUGACCUAUACGUGGCCAUCUGCCACCCACUGCGCUGUUCCAUUCUCAUGCACCCCAAGGUCUGUGUGUUGCGGGUACUUGUGACCUGGCUGGUGGCACUGCUCAAUGCUAUGAUCCACGUGAUCUACACUCUGACUCGCCCUUACUGUGGCUCCAGGAAAAUCCAUCAUUUCUUUUGUGAGAUCCCAGCCCUCCUGAAAGUGGUCUGUGUGGACAUCUCCCAGUAUGAAAAGGGUGUUUUUGUGAGUGGGGUGGUUUUUAUCCUUCUUCCUUUUUCAGCUAUUCUGGGCUCCUAUGGCAGCAUACUGUCCACUGUACUGGGCAUGGGGUCAAGGCAGGGACUGAGGAAAGCCUUGUCUACUUGCUUUUCUCACGUGAUUGUGGUAUCCCUAUUCUAUGGCCCUACCAUCUUCAAGAACAUUAUUCCCAACUCCUACCACACCCCUGAGCAGGAGGAAUUGGUCUCUGUCUUUUACAACGUUAUAACGCCCAUGCUCAAUCCUCUCAUCUACAGCUUAUGGGACAAGGAUGUUGCUAGAGCUUUCAGGAAAGUUCUUGGAAAAUGA